AUGCAUGUCCGUCUUGCGCAACCGUCAGAUGAGCCAGUCAUGGCCGCCAUCUGCGCUCGAGCCUUCUUCGAAGAAGACCUCUUCGGCCGGGUGAUCCAUCCCCACCGAGCCGAGUAUCCCCAGGAUGUGCAGAUCUUCUGGCACGAAUGGCUGCGCAACGACUGGGCCAAUCCACGAAACAAGAUCAUCCUCGCCGUCACUGCCGGAGACGACCAGCAAGAAAAGGUCGUCGGGGCCGCAGUUUGGCAACGCCAGGGCGACGACUUGGGCGCGCAGCAAGUCAUCUCAGCGUGGUCUGAUCCAGGACACUUUCCAGCCUUAGCCUCGACGAAUAACCGCGCUCUAGACCCUUCGAAGAAGACCUUGAUGGCAGAGUCCGUUCCCUACACAAAGCACUACUGGUCUGGCCCGUGCGCGAUUAAUUGGUACCUUUCGUUGUGCUGUGUGGAUCCAGCUGUCAAGGGUCGUGGGGCGGGACGGCUGCUAGUGCAGUGGGGCUUGGAUCGUGCGAACGCAGAGGGAGUCAGGGCGAGUGUGAUGGCGAGUGAGGGUUCAGAUGGGUUUUAUUUGAAAUGCGGGUUUGAUGAGGUCGUGGGAAAUGCGAAUGAAGGGGAGGGUAAUCCGUUGCAAAGGGAUAAUGUGGUGGGUGGGAACAUCCUGUUCAUGUGGGUUAAGUCCAAACAAUCAGUCGAAGAAAAGACUCUGCAGUCACUGUCAUAA